GGUCCGCGGUCCUGCCUCGCGCCUUCCUAAACUGCGCGGGUCUCCGGAGUGCGACGCGAGCUAGCGGAAGGGAACGGUGCGGCCAGUCGGUCGUGCGGUGACUGCAGCCACCUGCCCGAGCCCCGUGGCCUGCCCUCAGAUUCUGGCGAUGCGCCGCGGCGCCGCCUGGGCGCUGCUGCUGGCCGCAGCCCUGGGGCUCGGGACACGCGGGGUGCGCGCUGCGGUGGCCCUCGCCGACUUCUACCCGUUCGGCACGAAGCGCGGCGACGCCGUCACCCCGAAGCAGGACGACGGCGGCUCAGGGCUGCAGCCUCUCUCGGUGCCCUUUCCGUUCUUCGGCGCCGAGCACUCCGGACUCUACGUGAACAAUAACGGGAUCAUCUCCUUUCUGAAGGAAGUUUCUCAGUUCACCCCCGUGGCCUUCCCCAUCGCCAAAGACCGAUGUGUGGUAGCGGCCUUCUGGGCGGAUGUGGACAACCGGCGUGCAGGUGAUGUCUACUACCGGGAGGCCACCGACCCAGCCAUGCUGAAUAGAGCCACGGAGGACAUCAGACGGUACUUUCCUGAGCUCCCAGACUUCUCUGCUACCUGGGUUUUUGUUGCCACCUGGUACCGUGUGACCUUCUUUGGAGGCAGCAGCUCUUCCCCCGUUAACACAUUCCAAACUGUGCUCAUCACCGACGGCCGGCUCUCCUUCACCAUCUUCAACUAUGAGUCCAUCUUGUGGACUACAGGCACACAUGCCAGCAGCGGGGGUGACGCUGAUGGCUUGGGAGGCAUUGCAGCCCAGGCAGGUUUCAACGCAGGUGAUGGGCACCGAUACUUCAACAUCCCCGGUUCGCGCACAGCAGACAUGGCUGAGGUGGAGACCACCACCAACGUGGGCGUGCCCGGCCGCUGGGCGUUUAGAAUCGAUGAUGCCCAGGUGCGCGUGGGGGGCUGCGGCCAUACAACCUCUGUGUGCCUGGUCCUGCGUCCAUGCCUCAAUGGUGGCAAGUGCAUUGAUGACUGUGUCACGGGCAAUCCCUCUUACACCUGUUCCUGUCUCGCUGGCUUCACAGGCCGGAGAUGCCACCUGGAUGUGAACGAGUGUGCAUCCCACCCCUGUCAGAAUGGGGGGACCUGCACCCAUGGUGUCAACAGCUUCAGCUGCCAGUGCCCAGCCGGCUUCAAGGGACCCACCUGUGAAUUGGCCCAAUCUCCGUGUGACAACAAAGUAUGUCAAAAUGGUGGCCAGUGCCAGGCAGAGAGCAGCUCUGCAGUAUGUGUGUGUCAGGCUGGAUACACUGGGGCCACCUGUGAGACAGAUGUGGAUGAAUGCAGCUCUGACCCAUGCCAGAAUGGGGGAUCAUGUGUUGACCUGGUUGGAAACUACAGCUGUAUUUGUGUGGAGCCCUUCGAGGGACCUCAGUGUGAGACAGGAAGCUACCUGGUGCCUUCGCCCUGCCUCUCCAACCCUUGCCAGAAUGGGGGCACCUGUGUGGAUGCUGAUGAGGGAUACGUGUGUGAAUGCCCUGAAGGCUUCAUGGGCUUCGACUGCAGAGAGAGAAUCUUCAAUGACUGCGAUUGCCGGAAUGGAGGCAGAUGCCUGGGCGCCAACACCACCCUCUGCCAGUGUCCUCCAGGCUUCUUUGGGCUCCUCUGUGAAUUUGAAGUCACAGCCACGCCCUGCAACAUGAACACGCAGUGUCCGGAUGGAGGCUACUGCAUGGAGUAUGGCGGAAGCUACCUAUGUGUCUGCCACACAGACCACAACAUCAGCCACUCUCUGCCAUCGCCCUGCGACUCAGACCCUUGCUUUAAUGGAGGUUCCUGUGACGCCCAUGAGGACUCCUACACGUGUGAGUGCCCUCGUGGAUUCCACGGCAGGCACUGUGAGAAAGCCCGGCCACACCUGUGCAGCUCAGGGCCCUGCCGGAACGGAGGCACAUGCAAGGAGAUGGGCGAUGAGUACCGCUGCACCUGCCCUUAUAGAUUCACUGGGAGACACUGUGAGAUUGGAAAGCCAGACUCCUGUGCCUCUGGCCCCUGUCAUAAUGGUGGGACUUGUUUCCACUACAUUGGCAAAUACAAGUGUGACUGCCCUCCAGGCUUCUCGGGACGGCACUGUGAGAUAGCCCCCUCGCCCUGCCUCCGGAGCCCGUGUAUGAAUGGGGGUACUUGUGAGGAUCUAGGGACAGAUUUCUCCUGCCACUGCCAACCAGGGUAUACAGGACACCGGUGUCAGGCAGAGGUGGACUGUGGUCACCCUGAGGAGGUGGAGCAUGCUACCAUGCACUUCAACGGAACUCACGUGGGCUCAUUGGCCCUGUACACAUGUGAGCCUGGCUUCAGCCUGAGUGCCCUCAGCCACAUACGUGUCUGUCAGCCACAAGGGGUCUGGAGCCAGCCUCCCCAGUGCCUUGAAGUAGAUGAGUGCCGGUCUCAGCCAUGCCUGCAUGGAGGCUCCUGCCAGGACCUCAUUGCUGGUUACCAGUGCCUCUGCAGCCCGGGGUAUGAAGGAGUCCACUGUGAGCUAGAGACAGGUGAGUGCCAAGCACAGCCCUGCAGAAAUGGGGGCUCCUGCAGGGACCUCCCCAGGGCUUUCAUCUGCCAGUGCCCUGAAGGUUUCAUUGGAAUCCACUGUGAAACAGAGGUGGAUGCCUGUGCCUCCAGCCCCUGCCAGCACGGAGGCCGGUGUGAGGACGGUGGUGGGGCCUACCUGUGCGUGUGUCCAGAGGGCUUCUUUGGCUACAACUGUGAGACAGUGAGUGACCCCUGCUUCUCUAGCCCCUGUGGGGGCCGCGGCUACUGCUUGGCCAGCAACGGGUCCCACAGCUGUACCUGCAAAGUGGGCUACACAGGCAAGGACUGUACCAAAGAGCUCCUCCCACCAACAGCCCUCAGGGUAGAAAGGGUGGAGGAGAGUGGGGUCUCCAUCUCCUGGAGCCCACCCGAGGGCACCACAGCCAGGCAGGUGCUAGAUGGCUAUGCAGUCACCUAUGCCUCCUCGGAUGGAUCAUCCCGGCGCACGGACUUUGUGGACCGGAGCCGCUCCUCUCACCAGCUUCGGGCCCUAGCAGCCGGUCGUGCCUACAAUAUCUCCGUUUUCUCAGUCAAGAGAAACACGAACAAUAAAAAUGACAUCAGCAGGCCAGCAGCACUGCUCACUCGCACCCGACCCCGCCCUAUAGAAGACUUUGAGGUCACCAACAUUUCAGCCAAUGCCAUCUCAAUUCAGUGGGCUCUUCACAGGAUCCAGCAUGCCACUGUCAGCAGGGUCCGGGUGUCCAUCCUCUACCCCGAGGCCUCUGCUGUCCAGUCCACUGAGGUGGACAGGAGUGUGGACCACCUCACAUUUGGGGACCUGCUGCCAGGGAGAAGAUAUAGUGUGCGGCUAAUCACCCUCAGCGGGCCUGGAGGAGCUGAAUAUCCUACUGAGAGCCUGGCUUCAGCUCCACUGAACGUGUGGACCCGGCCUUUGCCACCAGCAAAUCUGACUGCCUCUCGAGUCACAGCUACCUCUGCCCAUAUGGUCUGGGACACCCCCGCUCCAGGUAUCUCACUGGAGGCUUAUGUCAUCAAUGUGACCACCAGUCAGAGUACCAAGAGCCGCUACAUCCCCAAUGGGAAGCUGGUGUCAUAUACGGUGCGCGAUCUGAUGCCAGGUCGGCGGUACCAGCUCUCAGUUACAGCUGUGCAGAGCACAGAGCAGGGCCAGCUGCACAGUGAGCCUGCACACCUCUACAUCAUCACCUCCCCCAGGGAUGGCACCGACAGACGAUGGCACCAGGGAGGACACCACUCGAGGAUGCUCAGAAACAGACCAGCCCCUGUGCGCCUGCCUGAGCUGCGCCUGCUCAAUGACCACAGUGCCCCUGAAACACCAACUCAGUCGCCCAGGUUCUCAGAGCUUGUAGACGGAAGAGGAAGAGUGAGUGCCAGGUUUGGUGGCUUGCCCAGCAGAGCAGUAACUGUGAGAUCACAACCCACCACUCCGGUGCCACUCAAGAACACAGAGGUCCCUGAGCAGGUCCGUCUGGCCCUCCAGCUAUCCAAGAACAGCAGCAAAGACACAGGAAGUACCCCUGGCAGCUGUUCAGAAGACACUUGUCAGAAUGGAGGCACCUGUGUCCCGGGUGCCAAUGCCCACAGCUGUGACUGCAGGCCUGGGUUCAAAGGCAGACACUGUGAGCUUGCCUGUGAAAAAGUGCCCCGCCCCUGCACACGACUGUUCUCUGAAACCAAGUCAUUUCCUGUCUGGGAAGGAGACGUCUGCCACCAUGUGUAUAAGAAAGUCUACAAAGUUCACCAGGACGUGUGCUUUAAGGAGCGCUGCCAGAGCACAAGCCUCAAGAAACCCAAACAGGAAACAAAGUAACCGUCAAACACUGAAGAGAUCUUAAGGUACAUUCUCCUUCAUACCAAGAUCUGUUGAGAACUGGAGACACCAUCACACCCAGCAACUUGGACACCAGGUCCUUUAUCAGACACUGAUGGCGACAACUCAGCAGUGUGCUGUUACAGACCCAACCAGGAAGGUUCCAGAGUUCCCCUGUCUAUAGCCGCUCAAUAGACAUAACCUUGGUCUGAGCUUGCAUAUGAAUCUACUUUCAGGUGGAAAUGACUCUCAUUGCAGACCAGUUACAAUGAGGUACAAGACUCACCUGGCCCCUUCAGGACCACGGGUCUGGCUGGUAGAUGGAUCAAGGAUGCCAAACAGUCCACACAAUGCCGAAGGAAAGGACCUAAGGAUGCGCCCCCAAGCCCUACGAGCAGCUUUCUGCUGGGAGACCAGGGUGGGAGCCUUGUCAUGUAACCUGUAGGAGAUCCUAAAUACAGCCUCUCACUGGGGGAGCUAAAGUGGACCCUGGAAUUCUAAGCACUAAAAACCCUGAAAUCAAAGAAACUCCGCCUGUUUGAUCCAGCAUGCCCCACCCACCCCACCCCCCAUGCAUAAACUGUGACAUGUUAAAGGGCAUUGACAUUUUAUUUUCACAGUAGUCUGGAAAAUGCUGGGUUACACUACAGAAAUCCCUGUAUAGCCUGAACUCGUCCCCACACUGAUGUAUUGACAUCAAUUGGAAAUGACAGACUGGCUAGCCGGAGACAAUUUACUUCUCUCCCUUGGAGGAGCCAGAACAGUCCAUCUUUCCAGUGGUGGAAGAGAGGUAUAUCUGGAAAGCUCCCCCUUCAGGAGUGACUAUCACCUUUUUCUUCUACAGUGUAGGACAUGAAGGAGACAUGUCACCCAAAGGCCUAAGAACAAACAAAAGCAAUGGAGUUCCAGGUGAAGGUCAUCCUAAGAGAAAAGUGCCUGCAGUGACAGUGACAGUGACAGGCAGGGUGUCGGCAUAGACCGAGCUCAGGAAUCAGGAGGGCAGGCUCUCAGACAGGCCUAAGGAGCAGGGCCUGUGCCUCCUGACCGUUUCAGGUGUGAAACUCUGCAGGAAGAGCAGCCGACAAGACUCAGAUCCUGUCUACUCAGCAGCAUCACCUUUUCACCCCAGCCUGCAAGAAUGCACACAAAACACCCUCCAACACUUGUGAGCAACUUAAGUCUGGCAAAGAUAAAAGAUCCACGAAUUAUUUGGUUUUAAAAUAUUUAUAUGGCAAUAAGUCACUUGAAAUAUUAAUGCAUCUUUUAGGAACUAACUCAUAAAACCCAUUUUUAUUUAAAAAAAAAAAAAGAAGAGAGAAUCCUAGAUACUUAUCACAUAAUGGCUUAUAGAAUACCUAUUCUCAGAGCAACACACAUCACACACAGCCCUUUCUCUUUCUGAAGAAAACCACCACAGCUACCCUGAGAAAACCGGCAGUGCCAUCCCCAGCAAAAGAAAGGCAGCAGAGACCAAGCAGCCUUCUGAUGGAAAGCCUCAGGCUGAGCCCAAGUGUCCUCAGAGGUGCUGGGUUCCUGUCCAUCCCUCCCUGCAUCGCAGCCAGCUGGAACUCUGGCUCCUGGGGGACAGUGCUUGCCGUCUCCAGAGAAACAGUGGGUAGAAAGAGGAGUGUGCCUCAGCUCACUGUUACUCCUUCAAAAGGACCAGCAUGUGCUGGCAACUGCCCACCUCCAGGAUUUCCAAAACUCAGGAAAAUGAGGUCCAGACCUUAAAAGCCAAGCUCCUGGCUGUAAGCAGUCUCCCCCGAGAUCUCUGUCCUCAGAUUUCCAGAACAGAGACAACCAGUCCUGCACACCCAAAGCCUCCUGCCGGGGAAGCACUGAAGCACCUGUCAUCGUCUCAAGCCAGGCUGCCGUUUCUGCACCUCUGGUCAGUUCCCCUGUGGGGAGCUACCUGGGUUCCCAGGCUCUGUGGGUGGUGCUUCUGUGCUCAGAAACCCACCCCCAGAUCCCAGUGCCAGACAAGUGACCUUUGAACUCCCAAAACAUGGAGAAGGAAAAGACUCAACUUUCAUAAGAGAUACAGGAAAGGCUGUGUGGAAACAGAUGACCUCUACCCUGCUCCUCGCCUCAUUUAUACUGACCUAAAGAAGUGCUAAUUACUACUAUGGUGGAGUUUAGACACUUGGUCUACAACUCAGGGGUGGCAGGGCAGUCAGAUGCUCAGGCAGGAUUUUGGGCUUCACAGAUAGAAUGGACCUCUGGCACACACCUGACCCCGCUCCUGUACUGCCAACACGGUAACAGAUGUAGAUAGCAUAACUAUAUUCCAAUGAAACUUCAUUUAUGAAAACAGGCGGUAGGCUAGAGUUGGCAGGCAGGUGCCUGGUUUAUACGAUGAUCUAGACCUCAGCCUUCUGUGGAGAAUGCCAUCUCCUGAACGACAAGUAACCAUCAAGACAUAAAAAACCCCUAAACUUUCAUUGAAGAAAAGCAAUCAAGUCCCUCGCUCAGGAGCCUAAGGUAGGCUUACACCGUAGAGCAGCAAGAGCUAUCAGUUCAAAUCUGAAGGCAGCACAGUGGCACAGCAGGCCCGCUGCAGGACACAGGGUCCAAGGUUUCCUGUAAUCCGUGCCUUAAGUAGAUGGCCGUGGGCCACCAAGGGCCACCAAAACGAAAAUACUUUACACAGCCUCCGCUUUCCAUCCCAUUCCCAAGGCUCUAAGCAGCUUUCUCCUCCCUGCAGUGACCACACAAUCAGGAAAGCCAGCCACACCUAGAUUCCUCGAGAGCAGAGCUGACUGGAGAUCCAGCACCAAGAACUACAUCCCGACCAGAGAGGCCUCCUGCCCUCCACAUAAAAACAUACCUUUUAAGUUUUAUUCUCACUAGAAAAUUCUGAGCCUAAGUAUUACUUUUUUUUUUUCAAGGAGGGACAGUCACAUCAAAAACUCACUACUGUAUCUUAGUUACCCACUAGAGAUCUGGAGACUGCAUAAGCUACAACGUUAACAGUGAACAGCAAGAUCAAGUGGCACCACUGGAAACGCAGAUGGGGUCUUUGUACUAUACCUCAGGACUCUCCCCCAAGCCAAUGCUGCCACAUUCCCGUCUCCAGUCGGAGCCAGCCUGCUGAGUGUGGUGCUGUCGGGCAAUCAUUCCAACUAGAGUGGAGAAAGACUUGCCGGUGCUGAGGAAUUAGUAUACAUCAUUCCAAACAUGCCGACUCUGCUUUCUUACACAGAAUAAUUAAAUCCCUCAAAACAGUCAGUGUCCACUUGGGAAAUGUCACAGUAGAAUCAGCAAACAGACAAGGUGGAGAUUUAUUUUUGUGUCAAACUGAAGAAGUAAUCAUGAGUUGUUGGGCUUACCAUUUACUAAUCAAAAUUGAAAAUGAGCAGAUUACCUAAUUGAGCUCACAGUUAGGAUUCUAUUCAGUUCUGAUGGAGCCCAAGGCCAAACACACCCUACAUUCAGGGAGAGUAAAGAUCACAGCAAGGCCACAAAAUGGAAGAGUAAGCAGCGAAGAAUGCAUCAUUGUUCUCAAACAGUUUUGUCCACAGCCAAGAACAUUCAUUCCCCUUCUCUACCGCCUAUGGGAUGAUGGGGUAGAGAAGAUGGCUUGCUACGUCCUGCUUCUUGUGGAGAGUCCAACAGGCAAGGACAUGCCCUAGCCAGGAAUGAGCUUGCCUCACAUACCUGCCAUACUAAGAACUCUGAUUGUGUGUGUGUGUGUGGGGGGGAGAAAUCUUGGAAUGACUGCUGUUCUUUGUACACCCUCCUCUUUGCAGUCAGGCUCCAGGUAAGUCAAAAGCCUCCUCACCUUGGUGCUGAUUCCUCACAAAAUGCAUCUCAGAUCCAGCAAUAUCCCUACUUUAGACAGAAAUAAAUACAUCGGGUCCAUUUACAAUCCACAUUAGUUGUAGUCACAGUUCUUUCAUUGGCCAGGUCUUUGAGCAGUUUCUCAGCUUUGGCAUUGCUUUGUGGGCCUAAUUAUUCAUGUGCAGUACAAUGUACAAUAUUUUACAGCAUCCCUGGCUCUCUCUGACCACAAGAUCCUGUGGCCAUGGCACACAUACACACACACACACACACACACACACACACACACACAUCCCUAAAGAUUGUCAGAUGUCUGGAGGAUCAAGGUCAUCCUCACGUAAGCACUGGAUUCAGUCUAAACACAAGGCCCACAUUGGGUUUCGUGUGACUGUUAAAUGUCACCAAAUGGGGAAAAAAUACUACCAAGCACUCCUGACUUUGGUCCUACAACCAAAAAGCUUUCUGCAGUUUCCUGAGGAAGAGGCACAGACAACUUUCCAAGAGGCCUCAGUUCUCUGAACCUCUGAGCCUGAGCUCCAUCAAAGCAGGCCUCUCCCCCCCCCUCUCCCUCUCCCUCUCCCCCCCCCCCUCAUCCUAGUCCCAGUACAUCCCAUGGCUCCACUGCACACUCUCCACACUGCCCAGUGCUCCCCAGUGCUGGUCUCUGAGCAGCUCACUCUUAGCACAGGCUACAGAGCCAGAGAGAUAGGAGGCCUUGAAGUGGCAACCAGCCAGGAACCAACAUGAAGGCCAACUUGUCCAAGCAGGAAGGGUCAGGAACUGACAGAAAAGCAUUUUGUUAGUCUGACAACUGUGUGACUAAAGAACAUGUUACUAACCAACUGCCUCUCACUCUGCUGUACACUCAACAUGUCAUAAGGCCGGGAAAUGGUGUUGGAUUUAGAAGCUGCCUAUUGUGUGGGAAACCUGCUACUUGUUUUCAUUAAAUAAAGUGCUAUGACAUACUAA